GCGGCGAAGCGCGAGGAACCCGCAGGCCGCGGAGGCAAGUCUCACCCCUCAGCCCAGAGCCCGGAGCCCGUGCGCGCUUGUGCCCCGUCUAGAGGAGCCGACUCCACAUUCCUCCACCAUGUUGUCAUCGUUUCGUAAACGCAGAGUCCAGAAAAUGGACCCAAGUGGGGUCAAAGUGCUGGAAACAGCCGAGGAUAUCCAGGAGCGGCGGCAGCAGGUCCUCGACAGGUACCACCGCUUCAAGGAACUCUCGACUCUCCGCCGCCAGAAGCUUGAAGAUUCCUACCGGUUCCAGUUUUUUCAAAGGGAUGCAGAGGAGCUGGAGAAAUGGAUCCAGGAGAAACUUCAGAUUGCAUCAGAUGAAAACUAUAAAGAUCCCACCAACUUGCAGGGCAAGCUGCAGAAACAUCAGGCCUUUGAAGCUGAAGUACAGGCCAACUCGGGAGCCAUUGUGAAGCUGGAUGAAACAGGGAACUUGAUGAUCUCAGAAGGGCAUUUUGCCUCGGAAACCAUAAGGACCCGCUUGAUGGAACUGCACCGCCAGUGGGAGCUGCUUCUGGAGAAGAUGCGAGAGAAAGGGGUGAAGCUGCUGCAGGCCCAGAAGCUGGUGCAGUACCUGAGAGAGUGUGAGGAUGUGAUGGACUGGAUCAAUGACAAGGAAGCGAUUGUGACUUCAGAGGAACUUGGCCAGGACCUGGAGCAUGUGGAGGUUUUACAGAAGAAGUUUGAAGAGUUUCAAACAGAUAUGGCUGCGCAUGAAGAAAGAGUGAACGAAGUGAACCAAUUUGCUGCCAAACUCACUCAGGAGCAGCACCCAGAGGAGGAACUGAUCAAGACGAAGCAGGAUGAGGUGAAUGCAGCCUGGCAGCGUCUGAAGGGCUUGGCACUUCAGAGACAGGGGAAACUGUUUGGGGCUGCUGAGGUUCAGCGCUUUAACAGGGAUGUGGAUGAGACCAUCAGCUGGAUCAAGGAAAAAGAGCAACUCAUGGCAUCUGAUGACUUUGGCCGGGACCUGGCCAGCGUCCAGGCUCUGCUUCGGAAGCAUGAGGGCUUGGAGAGAGAUCUGGCUGCACUGGAGGAUAAGGUCAAGGCCCUAUGUGCCGAGGCUGACCGCCUGCAGCAGUCGCAUCCCCUGAGCGCUACACAGAUCCAGGUAAAACUGGAGGAGCUGAUCACCAACUGGGAGCAGAUCCGCACCCUGGCAGCUGAGAGACAUGCACGCCUCAAUGACUCCUACAGGCUGCAGCGCUUCCUGGCUGACUUUCGGGACCUCAGCAGCUGGGUGACAGAGAUGAAAGCACUCAUCAAUGCAGAUGAACUUGCCAAUGAUGUGGCCGGGGCAGAAGCCCUUCUGGACCGACACCAGGAGCACAAGGGUGAGAUUGAUGCUCAUGAAGACAGCUUUAAGUCUGCGGAUGAAUCUGGACAGGCCUUGCUUACUGCUGGCCACUACGCCUCAGAUGAAGUGAAGGAGAAGCUGACUGUCCUGUCGGAGGAGCGGACAGCCCUGCUGGAGCUGUGGGAACUGCGCAGGCAGCAGUACGAGCAGUGCAUGGACUUGCAGCUCUUCUACCGUGACACCGAGCAGGUGGACAACUGGAUGAGCAAGCAGGAGGCUUUCCUUCUGAACGAAGACCUAGGGGAUUCCUUGGACAGCGUGGAGGCACUCCUAAAGAAGCACGAAGAUUUUGAGAAAUCCCUCAGUGCCCAAGAAGAGAAGAUCACGGCCUUGGAUGAAUUUGCAACCAAACUAAUUCAGAACAACCACUAUGCUAUGGAAGAUGUGGCUGCUCGCCGAGACGCUCUGCUGAGCCGCCGCAAUGCCCUCCACGAACGCGCCCUGUACCGACGGGCCCAGCUGGCUGACUCCUUCCACUUGCAGCAGUUCCUCCGGGACUCAGACGAGCUCAAGAGUUGGGUCAAUGAGAAGAUGAAAACUGCCACCGAUGAGGCAUAUAAGGACCCAUCCAACCUGCAAGGAAAGGUGCAGAAGCAUCAAGCAUUUGAGGCAGAGCUCUCAGCAAACCAGAGUCGCAUUGACGCGCUGGAGAAAGCAGGUCAGAAGCUGAUCGAUGUCAACCACUACGCCAAGGAGGAAGUGGCCACGCGCAUGAAUGAGGUCAUCAGUCUGUGGAAGAAGCUGCUAGAGGCCACGGAACUGAAAGGCAUAAAGCUGCGCGAGGCUAACCAGCAGCAGCAGUUCAAUCGCAACGUGGAGGACAUUGAGCUCUGGUUGUAUGAAGUGGAGGGUCACCUGGCUUCCGACGACUAUGGCAAAGAUCUGACCAAUGUGCAGAACCUCCAGAAGAAACAUGCCCUGCUGGAGGCGGAUGUGGCUGCUCACCAGGACCGGAUCGAUGGCAUCACCAUCCAAGCCCGCCAGUUCCAGGAGGCUGGCCAUUUUGAUGCUGAGAACAUCAAGAAGAAGCAGGAAGCACUGGUUGCACGCUAUGAGGCACUUAAGGACCCCAUGGUGGCCCGGAAGCAGAAACUGGCAGAUUCUCUGCGCCUGCAGCAACUCUUCCGGGAUGUUGAAGAUGAGGAGACCUGGAUCCGAGAGAAGGAGCCUGUUGCUGCAUCCACCAACCGAGGCAAAGAUUUGAUUGGCGUCCAGAACUUGCUAAAAAAGCACCAAGCCUUGCAGGCAGAAAUUGCAGGGCAUGAACCCCGCAUCAAAGCUGUUACCCAGAAGGGGAAUGCCAUGGUGGAAGAAGGUCACUUUGCUGCUGAGGACGUAAAAGCCAAGCUUAAUGAACUGAACCAGAAAUGGGAAUCCCUGAAGUCCAAGGCCUCCCAACGGCGGCAGGACCUGGAGGAUUCCCUGCAGGCCCAGCAAUAUUUUGCCGAUGCCAACGAAGCCGAGUCCUGGAUGCGGGAGAAGGAGCCCAUCGUGGGCAGCACCGACUAUGGGAAGGACGAGGACUCCGCUGAGGCUCUCCUGAAGAAGCACGAAGCUUUGAUGUCGGAUCUCGCCGCCUAUGGCAGCAGCAUCCAGGCUCUUCGGGAGCAGGCACAGUCCUGCCGGCAACAAGUGGCCCCCAUGGAUGACGAAACUGGGAAGGAGCUGGUGCUAGCCCUCUACGACUACCAGGAGAAGAGUCCCCGCGAGGUCACCAUGAAAAAAGGCGACAUCCUCACUCUCCUCAACAGCACGAACAAGGACUGGUGGAAAGUAGAAGUGAAUGACCGACAGGGGUUUGUGCCAGCCGCGUAUGUGAAGAAGCUAGACCCUGCCCAGUCUGCGUCCCGGGAGAACCUGCUGGAGGAGCAGGGCAGCAUUGCACUACGGCAGGAGCAGAUCGACACUCAGACGCGUAUAACUAAGGAGGCCGGCAGUGUUUCUCUGCGUAUGAGACAGGUGGAAGAACUAUACCACUCUCUGCUGGAACUGGGUGAGAAGCGCAAAGGCAUGUUGGAGAAGAGCUGUAAGAAGUUCAUGUUGUUCCGUGAAGCCAACGAGCUGCAGCAGUGGAUCAACGAGAAGGAGGCAGCGCUGACGAGCGAGGAGGUUGGCGCCGACCUUGAGCAGGUGGAGGUGCUGCAGAAGAAGUUCGAUGACUUCCAGAAGGACCUGAAGGCCAACGAGUCUCGACUGAAGGACAUCAACAAGGUGGCUGAUGACCUGGAGUCAGAGGGGCUGAUGGCUGAGGAGGUGCAGGCUGUGACACAGCAGGAGGUGUACGGCAUGAUGCCCAGGGAUGAAGCAGAUUCCAAGACUGCAUCCCCAUGGAAGUCUGCUCGUCUGAUGGUUCACACCGUCGCCACCUUUAAUUCCAUCAAGGAAUUGAACGAGCGGUGGCGGUCCCUGCAGCAGCUGGCCGAGGAGCGAAGCCAGGUUCUGGGCAGCGCCCACGAAGUGCAGCGGUUCCAUCGUGACGCUGAUGAAACCAAGGAAUGGAUCGAAGAGAAGAACCAGGCCCUGAACACAGACAACUACGGCCACGACCUGGCCAGUGUCCAGGCACUGCAGCGCAAACAUGAGGGCUUCGAGAGAGACCUGGCAGCGCUGGGCGACAAGGUCAACUCCCUGGGGGAGACAGCCCAGCGACUGAUUCAGUCCCACCCAGAAUCUGCAGAGGACCUGAAGGAGAAGUGCACUGAGUUGAACCAGGCAUGGGGCAGCCUGGGGAAGCGGGCCGACCAGCGCAAGGCCAAGCUGGGAGACUCCCAUGACCUGCAGCGCUUCCUUAGCGAUUUCCGGGACCUCAUGUCUUGGAUCAAUGGAAUCCGAGGGCUGGUUUCCUCGGAUGAGCUGGCCAAGGAUGUCACCGGAGCUGAGGCUCUGCUGGAGCGGCACCAGGAGCACCGGACAGAAAUCGAUGCCAGAGCUGGCACUUUCCAGGCAUUCGAGCAGUUUGGGCAGCAGCUGCUGGCCCAUGGGCACUAUGCCAGCCCGGAGAUCAAGGAGAAACUCGAUAUUCUCGACCAGGAGCGUGCCGAUCUGGAGAAGGCCUGGGCUCAGCGCAGAAUGAUGCUGGACCAGUGCCUGGAGCUGCAGCUCUUCCACCGAGACUGCGAGCAGGCCGAGAACUGGAUGGCUGCCCGGGAGGCCUUCCUGAACACCGAAGACAAAGGGGACUCCCUGGACAGCGUGGAGGCACUCAUCAAGAAGCACGAGGACUUUGACAAGGCCAUCAAUGUCCAGGAGGAGAAGAUUGCCGCGCUGCAGGCCUUCGCCGACCAGCUCAUUGCCGCGGGCCACUAUGCCAAGGGGGACAUUUCCAGCCGCCGAAACGAGGUCCUGGACAGGUGGCGGCGUCUGAAGGCCCAGAUGAUUGAGAAGAGGUCAAAGCUGGGAGAAUCGCAAACACUGCAGCAGUUCAGCAGGGACGUGGAUGAGAUCGAGGCCUGGAUCAGCGAGAAGCUACAGACGGCCAGCGACGAGUCGUACAAGGACCCCACCAAUAUCCAGCUAUCCAAGCUGCUGAGCAAACACCAGAAGCACCAGGCAUUUGAGGCCGAACUGCACGCCAAUGCCGACCGGAUCCGAGGCGUCAUUGACAUGGGAAACUCCCUCAUCGAGCGCGGGGCCUGUGCCGGCAGUGAGGACGCUGUCAAGGCCCGCCUGGCUGCACUAGCUGACCAGUGGCAGUUCCUGGUGCAGAAAUCGGCUGAGAAGAGCCAGAAGCUGAAGGAAGCAAACAAGCAGCAGAACUUCAACACCGGCAUCAAAGACUUCGAUUUCUGGCUCUCAGAGGUGGAAGCAUUGCUGGCCUCUGAGGAUUACGGCAAAGACCUAGCUUCUGUCAACAACCUACUGAAGAAGCAUCAGCUGCUGGAGGCAGAUAUCUCGGCCCACGAGGACCGCCUGAAGGACCUCAACAGCCAGGCUGACAGCCUGAUGACCAGCAGCGCCUUCGACACCUCCCAAGUGAAGGACAAGCGCGACACCAUCAACGGCCGUUUCCAGAAGAUCAAGAGCAUGGCUACCGCGCGCCGUGCCAAGCUUAACGAGUCCCACCGGCUGCACCAGUUCUUCCGGGAUAUGGAUGACGAGGAGUCAUGGAUCAAGGAGAAGAAGCUGCUGGUGAGCUCCGAGGACUAUGGGCGGGACCUCACAGGUGUCCAGAACCUGAGGAAGAAGCACAAGCGGCUGGAGGCUGAGCUGGCAGCCCAUGAGCCAGCGAUUCAGGGUGUGCUGGACACGGGCAAGAAGCUGUCAGGCGACAACACCAUCGGGAAGGAGGAGAUUGAGCAGCGCCUGGCACAGUUCAUGGAGCACUGGAAGGAACUGAAACAGCUGGCGGCAGCACGGGGCCAGCGGCUGGAGGAGUCCUUGGAAUAUCAGCAGUUUGUGGCCAACGUGGAGGAGGAGGAGGCCUGGAUCAACGAGAAGAUGACCCUGGUGGCCAGUGAAGACUACGGGGACACCCUGGCCGCCAUCCAGGGUUUGCUGAAGAAGCAUGAGGCCUUCGAGACAGACUUUACAGUGCAUAAGGACCGAGUGAGUGACGUCUGUGCCAACGGGCAGGACCUCAUUAAGAAGAACAACCACCACGAGGACAACAUCUCGUCCCGGAUGAAGGGCUUGGAUGGGAAGGUGUCGGACCUGGAGCGGGCCGCGGCCCAGCGGAAGGCCAAACUGGACGAGAACUCAGCCUUCCUGCAGUUCAACUGGAAGGCGGACGUGGUGGAGUCCUGGAUCGGAGAGAAGGAAAACAGCCUGAAGACCGAUGACCACGGCCGGGAUCUGUCCUCCGUGCAGACCCUCCUCACCAAGCAGGAGACCUUUGAUGCUGGCCUGCAGGCCUUCCAACAGGAGGGCAUCGCCAACAUCACCGCCCUCAAGGACCAGCUCCUGGCCGCCAAACACGUGCAGUCCAAGGCCAUUGAGGCCCGACACGCAGCCCUCAUGAAGCGGUGGAGCCAGCUGCUCGCCAACUCGGCAGCCCGCAAGAAGAAGCUGCUAGAGGCCCAGAGUCACUUCCGCAAGGUGGAGGACCUCUUCCUGACCUUUGCCAAGAAGGCGUCCGCCUUCAACAGCUGGUUCGAGAACGCAGAGGAGGACCUGACGGACCCAGUGCGCUGCAACUCCCUGGAGGAGAUCAAAGCCCUGCGCGAGGCCCACGAUGCCUUCCGUGCCUCGCUCAGCUCGGCCCAGGCCGACUUUAACCAGCUGGCCGAGCUUGACCGCCAGAUCAAGAGCUUCCGUGUGGCCUCCAACCCCUACACCUGGUUCACCAUGGAAGCCUUGGAGGAGACCUGGCGCAACCUGCAGAAGAUCAUCAAGGAAAGAGAGCUGGAGCUGCAGAAGGAGCAGCGGCGGCAGGAGGAGAACGACAAGCUGCGGCAGGAGUUUGCGCAGCAUGCCAACGCCUUCCACCAGUGGAUCCAGGAGACCAGGACGUACCUCCUUGAUGGCGUAGCCUACCGGCGGGUCAUUCGCGUCUGUCAGUAUGAAGUUGGGGAUGAUCUGUCCGGCAGGUCCUGCAUGGUGGAAGAAUCCGGGACCUUGGAAUCCCAGCUGGAAGCGACCAAACGCAAACACCAGGAGAUACGUGCCAUGCGGAGCCAGCUCAAGAAGAUUGAGGACCUGGGCGCCGCCAUGGAGGAAGCACUGAUCCUGGACAACAAGUACACAGAGCACAGCACCGUGGGCCUGGCGCAGCAGUGGGACCAGCUCGACCAGCUGGGUAUGCGCAUGCAGCACAACCUGGAGCAGCAGAUCCAGGCCAGGAACACAACCGGCGUGACUGAGGAAGCCCUCAAAGAAUUCAGCAUGAUGUUCAAACACUUCGAUAAGGACAAGUCGGGCCGCCUGAACCACCAGGAGUUCAAGUCCUGCCUGCGCUCCCUGGGCUACGACCUGCCCAUGGUGGAGGAAGGGGAGCCUGACCCCGAGUUUGAGGCCAUCCUGGAUACUGUGGACCCCAACAGGGACGGCCACGUGUCCCUGCAGGAGUACAUGGCCUUCAUGAUCAGCCGGGAGACGGAGAACGUCAAAUCCAGUGAGGAGAUUGAGAGCGCCUUCCGUGCCCUGAGCUCUGAGGGGAAGCCUUACGUGACCAAGGAGGAGCUAUACCAGAACCUGACACGGGAGCAGGCCGACUACUGCAUCUCCCACAUGAAGCCCUAUGUGGACGGCAAAGGCCGCGAGCUCCCCACCGCCUUCGACUACGUGGAGUUCACCCGCUCGCUCUUCGUGAACUGAGGCUGCCUCGCGGCUCGCCUCCUGCAUGUCCACCCCUCCGUGUUCCCAUCUUCCCGCCAUGUCACUUCACUGGUCACCCUGACCUGCUCCACCUGGGCUAAUGUAGUGCAACACGGUGCUUCACCAAUCUGCUCCCCCUGUCUGUGAGUCCCCGGCUCCUGAAGCCAGCACCCCGACCUGGCGCCCAGCUGCUGGCUCCUUCCCGCCCUCUUGUUCUCCCACCCCCAGAUUCUGUUUUCAUGUAAACGACCAAUAAACAA